AUGAGGCUGAAGAUUAUUGGAUUGAUUGGGAAGUCCCAUUUCCACGCUGCCUGUUUCUGUGCUAAGGUUUUUAUAAAUUACUGAGCCCAAUGAAAUUUUGUAAAGGAUCUCCAUGAAACUCUCCCAAAAGUUUUUGACGAACCUAAAAUAAAGGGCGUUUACGAAUUUGAAUGGAUUGAAUAUUUACGUGCCAAGAAAAAAGUAAAUUAUAACGCCUUUAAAAUUAUGCUUAAAGGAACUGAAAGGCGAAUACUGGGCUUUUGACGGAGUAGUUAUUUGUUUCUGCGACAAAAAGCCUAUUGGUAACUGUGAGGCACUCAGAGACUGGGCAUCGUCGAAUUAUGGACUGGAUGAGUAUCGUCCUUAUACAUUUUACGAAAUGCUGGCCCACGAUGCGUACCGCGAUGAACUUGUCAGGCGUGAUGUAAGUUAUCAUUAUAGUCUAAUAAGUCAGUCUAGAGAAUAUACGUUUCCAUGGUCAUAACAAUUGGCGGAAGAGCUUGCGGGACACUGCUUUUUGAAGUAGUGCAUGCACUUAGUCCUUAAUCCUGCUAGCUAUUUUCAGAUCUCUUACCAAAAACGUGCCAAAACUUUGCGUCACUAUGCAGAGGAGACUUGA